AUGUCGAUGGUCCGUUCCUUCGACAACACCCGCAGUGAGACCAUCCAAUUCCAUACUCCCCUGACCUUGAUCGUCGGUUACAAUGGCUCCGGAAAAACGACGAUCAUCGAAUGCCUCAAAUAUGCCACCACCGGGGAUCUCCCGCCCAACAGCAAAGGUGGGGCUUUCAUCCACGACCCCAAGCUUUGUGGUGAAAAAGAGGUGCUGGCCCAGGUGAAGUUGUCAUUUAAGGCCACGUCGGGGGCCAAGAUGGUCGUUACGAGAAGUUUACAACUCACGGUGAAGAAAACCACUCGACAACAGAAAACGCUGGAGGGCCAGCUAUUGAUGGUCAAAGAUGGUGAGAGAACCGCUAUCUCAUCGCGAGUCGCCGAGUUAGAUCAGAUCAUGCCCCAGUAUCUCGGUGUCUCCAAGGCGGUCCUCGAUUCGGUCAUUUUCUGCCACCAGGACGAAAGCCUAUGGCCUAUGAGCGAACCAUCGGUCCUGAAAAAGAAGUUUGACGAGAUAUUCGAAGCGAUGAAAUAUACAAAAGCUAUUGACAAUAUUAAGGCGCUGAGGAAAAAGCAGAACGAGGAACUGGCCAAGUAUAAGAUCAUGGAGCAGCAUGCCAAGGAGGACAAAGAGAAGGCCGACCGGGCAGAGAAGCGAUCCAUCAAGCUGCAGGAUGAAAUAGAAGCCCUCCGAGAUGAAACGCACAAACUCUCACAGGAGAUGCGGCGUGUUGCCGACCUAGCCGACAAGGCGUGGAAAGAAUCCGAAAGCUAUUCCCAGGUCCUGGGCGCUUUGGAAGGGAAGCGUAUCGAGGCGAAGAGUAUCCAAGUGACCAUUGAUAACCUAAGGAGGCACCUCGUGGAGCUAGAUGACUCGGACGAAUGGCUGGAGUCGAACUUGGAGCAGUUCGAGUCGAAGCAGGUCCAAUUCCAGCAACAGGAAGAAUCUCUGAAAGAGAAAUACAUAGAGAUCAAGGAGCGGAUAGAGCAGACCCGACAACAAUUGGGCACAAAGCAGGCAGAAUACGGUAAAUUUGAGAAUGACAAGGCCAAUUUUGAGAGACAGGUGGAGCGGCGACAACGAAUGACCAAGGAAAUCGCCCGAAAUAACAAUAUCCGUGGAUUUGAUAAAAUCGAAGACCAGGCCGAGGUUGAUGACUUUAUGAUGAAGGUCAGGAAACUGCUCAAAGACCAGAAUCAGGCAUUGGAUCGGGCCAGACGGGAUGCACAAAGCGAGAUACGUGAAGUACAGACCAUGCUAAAUGAUAUCGGACAGCGAAAGUCUGCUCUACAGGAAUCUAAAAAUGCCGCGAAGCGCCAGAUAGCUGCUAACGAUAAAGAUGCGGCAUCCUACCAAGCCAAGCUCGACGAUAUCAAUGUCGACGAGGGUGUUCAAGCAGCGCUCGAGUCAAAUAUCGAAGAUACUAAUUCACGCCUGGACCAGGCCAAGGAGCACGCCCGGGCUGCCUCGUGGGAGAAGGAGAUCCAGGACGUGAACUCGGAGAUUCGCAGACUUGAGGAUGAGAGUUCUCUCCUGAACACCGAACUCAUCGAUGCGACUAAACGAGCCGGUGAAUUGGCGCGAUUGGACCAUCUGAAAAAGGAGCUGAAAGAACGAGAACGCAGCCUGAGUACAAUGGAGGGAGCCCACGGUGAUCGUCUCUCGAAGCUUGUCAGUCCAGAAUGGAAGCCUGAAUCCUUGGAGCAAGACUUCCAACGUGCACUGGAAGAUGAAUCCAAGCUUGUCUCUAGUGCUGAGAACGAGCGGGAUGCGGUCAGCAGAGAACUGGAGCAAGUAGAAUUCAAGAUGAAGAAUGUCAAGAAGAUUCUCACUCAGCGACAAAAGGAGCUUAAAGAAUGUAUUGCAGAAAUCCGCGAGGCAAUAAGUGACGAACCUGAGGAAUACCCCGAAAUUCUCCAGCAGCGACAGGUGCAGCUUGACAUGGCAAAGAAUCAGGCCGAACAAUUUGCUGGGAUCGGCGAGUAUAUGACUAUGUGCCUGGACACCGCAAAACAGGUGAAGGCAUGCAGACUGUGUACUCGAGCUUUCAAGAAUGAUGCCGAAUUACAGACAUUCAAAAAUAAGCUGGAGAAUUUGGUGAAAAAAGCAAAACGAGACAUCGAGGAAGAGGACGUGGACCGUCUUGAGGAGGACUUUAACACUGCUCGUGCAGCCGGCACUUCCUACGAUACCUGGUCUCGCUUGAAAAAUACAGAAAUUCCUGAUAUGGAGAAAGAAGAAGAGCAAUACAUUACUCAGCGAGAUGAACUCUUGAACCAGCUAGAAGAUCGUGAUAAAGUCGUCAGCGAGAAGACGGAGAAGAAAAGGGACGUUGAAGCACUCUCAAAGACAGUCAAUACCAUCAUCCGAUAUGAAUCUGAGAUCAAGUCCAUUCGUGCGCAGAUACAGGACGUUUCUUUGAAACAACAGGAUACUACCUCCGGACGUACAUUGGAAGAUAUCCAAGAAGAGCUCGCUUCGAUUGGCGAAAAAUCUAGAGCAUUGAAGAAGAACCUGACAAAGCUCACGAAUGAUCGAGAGCAGACGCGGUCAGAGAUCAAUAACUUGGAAUUGAAGUUAAGGGACGUGAAAAGCAAUCUCGAUAAUGCGAAGUUCCAGCUGGAGAAGAAGGACGACCUCCUCUCUCGCAUGGAGGGAUACAAAAAUCUCAAUACUCAACAGCGCGAGGCCAUCGCAAAGGCUGACCGAGAGAUUGAAGACUUAACCCCGGAGCUGAUGAAGGUUCAAGCGAAGUAUGACGAUGUCAGCCAGCGUGCUGAGACGCGAGAGAGAGAGAUGCAGCAGGCUAUCUCGCAACUGUAUGAGAGCGUACACCAGCUCGAGUUGGCGAACGAAGAAAUCGACGCUUAUCACGAGCGAAGCGGUCCAGACCAGCUCGAGAGAAGCAGACGAGAACUUCAAGAAGUGGAGAAAGAGAUCAACCAGCUUGAGGCCGAGCUGGGGACUAUAACGAAAGAUAUCAACAAGAUUUCUGCUCAGCUGAAGGAUAGCGAGAACACCAAACGCCAAUAUGCGGACAACCUGACUUAUCGCCAGGCGACCAGAGCACUUGGUACGGUGACGGAAGAGAUUGAUCAGUUAGCGACCCAAAACGCUGAGGUUGACCGGAGUCGUUUUAAAGAAGAAUCAGAACGCCGCACUCGCGAGCACAACGCGCUCGCCGCAAAACAAGCCAGCAAAAUGGGUGAGAUGAAGUCCAAGGACGACCAAUUGAUGCAGCUGUUGGCCGACUGGAACACGGAUUACAAGGACGCGGCGUCCAAAUACAAAGAGGCACACAUCAAGGUCGAGACCACCAAAGCUGCGGUCGAAGACCUGGCCCGUUAUGGCAGCGCUCUAGACAAGGCUAUUAUGAAGUACCACGGCUUGAAGAUGGAGGAAAUCAAUGCCAUCGUUGGAGAGCUUUGGCAGAAAACCUACAGGGGAACUGAUGUGGACACAAUUCUCAUCCGCUCCGACAAUGAAAAUGCGAAGGGCAACCGAUCCUACAACUAUCGUGUUUGCAUGGUCAAGCAAGGCGCAGAGAUGGACAUGCGGGGGCGCUGCAGUGCCGGUCAAAAGGUGCUGGCGAGUAUCAUCAUCCGUCUAGCGCUGGCCGAGUGUUUUGGCGUUAACUGCGGUCUAAUUGCACUUGACGAGCCCACAACCAACCUCGACCGGGACAAUAUCCGAUCCCUUGCAGAGUCACUGCACGAUAUUAUCCGUGCACGUCGUCAACAGGCAAAUUUCCAGUUGAUUAUCAUCACGCAUGAUGAGGACUUCCUACGCCAUAUGCAAUGUGGUGAUUUCAGCGAUUACUAUUACCGGGUAUCUCGCAAUGAGAGGCAGAAGUCGAUCAUAGAAAGACAAUCUAUUGCUGAAGUUAUGUGA